AUGAUUGCCACAUCGAAAAUAAUCGUCUAUGAGAAACAAACAGGCAGACAGACUGUUCACAUAAGGCAUCAUAGAGAUAGGUUCAAAAGGCAACAAGGAGCGCAUCUGUACCUACCCGGAAGCUAUGUGACGAGUGGAGGAGAAGGGCCAGAUGCUGGACCUUGGUCGGAAUGGUCAGAACCUAGUCCAUGUUCGAGAACCUGCGGCGGCGGAGUAUCAACCCAGCAUAGGCAAUGCCAAGAAGGAUACACGUGUCAGGGCCCCUCUAAAAGACACUUUUCGUGUAAUACUCAAGAUUGCCCAGAUUUGGGUGAUUACAGGGCCCAGCAAUGCUCUGAAUUUGACAAUGUACCUUUCGAGGGUACGUACUAUCGGUGGAUCCCUUACACCAAGGCGCCCAAUCCUUGCGAACUGAACUGCAUGCCCAAAGGGGAGCGAUUUUACUACAGACAAAGGCUGCAGGUCGCGGACGGAACAAGGUGUAGCGACGAUUCGUUAGAUGUUUGCAUUGAAGGAAACUGUUACCCCGUAGGAUGUGAUAUGAUGCUGGGUUCGAAUCAGCGUGAGGAUAACUGCAGAGUUUGCGGGGGAGACGGUAGUUCGUGCAACACCGUGUCUGGUCUGCUGGACAUGCAGGACUUACAAGUAGGUUACAACGACAUCCUCCUCAUACCCUCCAGUGCGACCAACAUCAGAGUGUGGGAAAGAACGAAAUCAAACAACUACUUAGCUUUCCAAUGGAGUUACACGUGGUAUUUUUUAAAGCUUCUUAUGGAUCAUUUAAGGAAGCCACUGAACAUCCCGAUGCUCCUUUACCAAGACGUAAAUGUUGGCGUAAACUACGAAUACAGUGUACCAAAAGGUGUUCAGCACGGUUCUGAGACGGAAACGUAUGCUUGGACCUUUGAUGAAUUUGCCCCUUGUAGUGUUACUUGCGGUGGAGGCGUCCAAUACAGAAAUGUGACCUGUGCUGGCCGGAGAACAUUGGAACCGGCCGACCGCAGUUUAUGCGAUUCCAGCAACGAACCUGAAGCGGCCCGAAGGUGUAACGAGCAACCUUGCGAGCCUCAAUGGAUCGCCAAGCCUUGGGGCAAAUGUUCAGCCCCGUGCGGCGACAAUGGAACCCAAACCAGGCAGGUGGUUUGUGAACAAGUGAUCGCAAACGGUGUCGCCAGCAUCGUCGACGAUCAGCAAUGUGCGAAUGUCAAGAAGCCACCCACCGAACAACCCUGCAAUCAGGGGAUGAUUUGUGCCGACUGGUUUAUUGGACCAUGGAAACCGUGUGAUCACCUUUGCGGAGAAGGGAAACAAACUAGACAAGUCAAAUGUUAUCGAAAAGUUGACCAUAAAAUCGAGGUACUAGAUGACGAAAAUUGUGCACAGGAGGAUAAACCCGAGAGCGAAAAAACAUGUAACGUUAGACCUUGCGAAGGCUUAGACUGGGUUACGUCGAGCUGGAGUGGGUGUGAAAACAAAUGCGGUCUAGCAAACGAAACAAGACGAGUCCAGUGUGCUACGGCCAAAGGCGAGGUUUAUCCCGACGACUUGUGCUCGAAUAUACCAAGACCGGAAGACGUAAGGCAAUGUAACGCCUCCGACAGUGAAUGUAACCAACUGUGGUACGCGUCUCAAUGGAGUGAGUGUUCCGCGAAAUGCGGAGACGGUGUCCAAACUAGAAAAGUAUUUUGCGGAGAAGUCACAGACGAGGGCGUCAAAAAAGUGGACGAGGGCAAAUGCGAUCCCUCAAAGAAAUACGACUCAAUGAAAAAUUGCACUGCCGAAAAGGACGAAUGCGAAGGAGAAUGGUUCACAGGACCCUGGAGUGACUGCUCUAAGGAAUGUGGAGGUGGUACAAAAACACGUAAAGUCGUGUGCAUGAAGGAUAACGUAACAGUUGCAGCUACCGCAUGUGAUCCAGCAAAGAUUGAAUUUUCGACUGAAGAUUGCAACACUGAGCCUUGCACUACAGAUGAAAUAUUGUCGGCUAGCGUUACUAAGUCGAUGGAAGAAACCGAAGAAACCAAAGCUGAAUCUAAACCUUCGCCGAGCGACGUCACCAAACCAGAAAAAGAAGCUGAAAAGCCAACAGAAGAAAAGAAAGACAAGGAAAAAGAUGAUAAGGAAGAAGAAGAAGAAGCGGGAGAAUACGAAGAAGAUUUUGAUACAGAAUGCGAAGAUGGCGAAUGGGUUGACUAUGAACCGGAAGAUGAAGCCAUCGAUGAAGAAACAACACUUGCGCCGGAGUUUUACGAAUCUGGAGGUUCGACUAUAGAAUCAGAAUCGACCUUGGUAUCAGAAGACUUCAUGGUAAGCGACGAUUCAUCAGCAUACACCGCCCAAUCGUCUGAUCUGUCAAGUCCCGAGACAGGAUCAGGAGAAACGGAAAUAACAGAUUCUUCAAAAUCAUCAGAAAUGCUCUCGACAGAUUCCCUCUCGUCCUCUAGCGAAGGUUCGGGCGAAUCUUCCGAAACUCCAUCAGGUACAACGAGCAGCGAUGGUCUUACGCCUACCAGCGAAGGCACCACCAGCAGCUCAGAAGAUCUCGGCAGCUCAUCUGCCGUUACCGAAGAGGAGUCAUCACCGUCAGGAGAAACCGAGAGCAGUUUAUCGAUGAGCAGUUUAACAGAAAUGCUCAGUUCAGUUGUAUCAACCACAUUAAGUGCGAUAUCGGAAAGCUCAUUCUUUACCACGGAAAUGACAGAUGAGAGCACAACAGACAUAAGCACGAUAACAACGGACACUGAAACCACAGACACCGGAACCACCGACACAGAAACAACCGACAGUCAAACAACUGACACUGAAACAACCGACACUCAAACAACAGACACACCAACAACAGAAACAGAUUCUACGGAGUCUUUCCUGACUACAAUCAUCACCUAUACACCCACAGAUGUUGAAAGCACCAGCGACUUCACUACAGACUUGUCCACAGAAUUUACUUCCGACAGCACAACGGAUUCUUCUACAACAGAAACAGGAAGCGAGAGCACAGAUACAGAAGAAACAUCAGAAUCCUCAACAACAAGUGGCAGUACCAUCGAAGAAUCGUCAUCUCCAUCGGGAAGCACCACGGAAAUAAGUGAAGGCAGUAGCAGCACGGGAGAAAGCGAAGGAAGCACUACUAGUUCCUUCUCAGGGAGCACCACAGAAAUGGAAAGCAGCACAAUGGAGUCGUCUUCAGAAGCCACCUCCGAAGUCUCUGGUUUAACAACAGACUCUUCAGCUACAUCGGAAGAGGUAUCGGGAAGUACAACGGAAGAGGUCUCAGGAAGUUCCGAAGCCUCGUCUGAAAGUGGCGGUACGACAGAAGCAUACAGUAGUACAGAUACAAGUGAAGGAUCGUCUGUCUCAACCGAAAUCUCGGAAGGUAGCUCAGAAAGCGAGACUACUUCAGAAUUCGACGUGUGGUCAUCAUCCACCGAAGGUGACCUGUGGGAAACAACACCUGUCACAGACAUAUUUCUUCGUAAAAUGCGAAAAUGUAGAAGGAAAAAGAAGCCCGACUGUAAAACUAGCAAACACGGUUGCUGUAUUGACCAAAUUACACCAGCCAAAGGACCAUUUAAUAAAGGAUGUCCAGAUGUUAAAACAUGUAACGAAACAACCUACGGUUGUUGCGAAGACGGUGUAUCCGUUGCAAAAGGUAAAAACUUUAAAGGAUGCCCGCCAACUCACUGCGAGCAAUCGUUAUUCGGCUGCUGCCCUGAUAAAAAGACCCCAGCCGAAGGUACGAAUAAAGAAGGUUGUCCCCCUCCACCGCCGAAAUGUCUCAAAUCUAAAUUUGGUUGUUGCCCGGAUAAUGUUACCGAAGCAAAAGACGCUCACGGAAAAGGAUGUAAACGGGAAGAAAAAGAAGAGGAAGGAGUUACAACUACAAUGGUUCCUACUGAAGAACCCGGACCUUGUAACGAGAGCACUUACGGAUGCUGUCCUGAUGGAGUUGAAACAGCCCAAGGAGAAGACUACGAGGGUUGUGAUAUUUUCAGCGAAAACUGCACCGAAUCCUACUUCGGCUGUUGCCCCGAUGGCACUUCCGCCAAAGGACCAAACUACAAGGGUUGCAAAAUGGAAUGUGAAUCAAGUGCUUACGGAUGCUGUGAGGACAGUAUCACUCCUGCUCAUGGUUAUAAUAAGGAAGGGUGUUGUUUAAUAACAUCUUACGGGUGCUGUCCGGACAAUAUUAUACCAGCUCAAGGACCAAAUUUAGAAGGAUGUGGCUGUCAGUAUUCACCGUACGGCUGUUGUCCUGAUAAUUCGACCGCAGCAAGGGGAUACAACAACGAAGGUUGCGGUUGCCAGUACACAGAAUUCGGAUGCUGUCCUGAUAGUUACACUCCUGCAGCAGGUGCAGAGUACCAGGGAUGUCAGUGUCAUACCUUCCAAUUCGGUUGCUGUCCGGAUGGAGUAACUGCAGCUAAAGGGCCCCACAAGCAGGGAUGUGGAUGUCAAAACACCGAAUUCGGAUGUUGCUCAGACGACCAAACGCCAGCAAAGGGUCCCAACUACGAAGGAUGUGGCUGCGAUUCCACCAAGUAUGGUUGUUGUUUGGAUGGUGUUACCGAAGCAACUGGCGAAAACUUCGAGGGAUGCGACGAAGUUCUCACAAAACUACAGGACAGCUGCACCCUUAGGAAGGAAAGAGGCUCGUGUAGAAAUUACACGGUCAAAUGGUUCUUCGAUAUGGAAUAUGGUGGAUGUUCACGAUUUUGGUAUGGCGGCUGCGAAGGAAACGAAAACCGUUUCCGUACAAGAGAUGAAUGCCAAGAAAUUUGUGUUGAACCUCAAGGAACGGAUCGUUGUUUGCUGCCUAAAGUAGCAGGUCCUUGUGAAGGAUAUUAUCCCAUGUGGUAUUACGAUACCGAAAGGAAACAAUGCGCCCAAUUUAUUUAUGGCGGUUGCUUAGGAAACAACAAUCGCUUCGAAACACGAGAAGAAUGUUCAGAACUUUGCGUCAGAGACGACUCAGUCGAUGCUUGCGAACAACCGAAAGAAGAGGGACCGUGCAGAGGCCACUACAGACGUUGGUAUUUCAGCAAAGAAAGUCAGACGUGUGAACAGUUCAGAUACGGUGGUUGCAAAGCGAAUAAUAACAAUUUCCCAACGGAAGACGCUUGUAAACAACGGUGUUCAGAACCUGGUAGAAAGAAAGAAUACGCCUUUGAAAAAAAUAACAAAUAUUUCUCAAAUACAGCAAUAUGCCGACUACCAGUGGACGUUGGUCCUUGCGAUGGCGGUUAUAAACAAUAUUACUUUGAUGACGCAAGGGGUGAAUGUGUACCUUUCAUUUACGGUGGUUGUGGUGGAAACUUCAACAACUUUAAAACUUUCCAAGCAUGCGUAGAAUUUUGUAGAGAGUUCAUGGCACCAACUGAACCUCCUAGUAAGUUUGAUGGGUAUACUAGGAUGCUAACCCAAAUAAUAUUUUACAAGUUAUUGCNAAGUGAAACAAUUUUUACACACUCUCAAAUUACAGAUGCUUGCGAACAACCGAAAGAAGAGGGACCGUGCAGAGGCCACUACAGACGUUGGUAUUUCAGCAAAGAAAGUCAGACGUGUGAACAGUUCAGAUACGGUGGUUGCAAAGCGAAUAAUAACAAUUUCCCAACGGAAGACGCUUGUAAACAACGGUGUUCAGAACCUGGUAGAAAGAAAGGUACUAUACGCCUUAGUAAACUUGCAUGGUGGUUAAUAAAACUUAAUAUUAUAACCCUUGUAUAUGUAGUAUACUAUUUUUCAUGUGAUACAAAAAGGCAAACUGCAGAGCUACGAAUUAACUACAGUAGAAUCCGCUUACGCGAUUCUACGGAGUCUUUCCUGACUACAAUCAUCACCUAUACACCCACGGAUGUUGAAAGCACCAGCGACUUCACUACAGACUUGUCCACAGAAUUUACUUCCGACAGCACAACGGAUUCUUCUACAACAGAAACAGGAAGCGAGAGCACAGAUACAGAAGAAACAUCAGAAUCCUCAACAACAAGUGGCAGUACCAUCGAAGAAUCGUCAUCUCCAUCGGGAAGCACCACGGAAAUAAGUGAAGGCAGUAGCAGCACGGGAGAAAGCGAAGGAAGCACUACUAGUUCCUUCUCAGGGAGCACCACAGAAAUGGAAAGCAGCACAAUGGAGUCGUCUUCAGAAGCCACCUCCGAAGUCUCUGGUUUAACAACAGACUCUUCAGCUACAUCGGAAGAGGUAUCGGGAAGUACAACGGAAGAGGUCUCAGGAAGUUCCGAAGCCUCGUCUGAAAGUGGCGGUACGACAGAAGCAUACAGUAGUACAGAUACAAGUGAAGGAUCGUCUGUCUCAACCGAAAUCUCGGAAGGUAGCUCAGAAAGCGAGACUACUUCAGAAUUCGACGUGUGGUCAUCAUCCACCGAAGGUGACCUGUGGGAAACAACACCUGUCACAGACAUAUUUCUUCGUAAAAUGCGAAAAUGUAGAAGGAAAAAGAAGCCCGACUGUAAAACUAGCAAACACGGUUGCUGUAUUGACCAAAUUACACCAGCCAAAGGACCAUUUAAUAAAGGAUGUCCAGAUGUUAAAACAUGUAACGAAACAACCUACGGUUGUUGCGAAGACGGUGUAUCCGUUGCAAAAGGUAAAAACUUUAAAGGAUGCCCGCCAACUCACUGCGAGCAAUCGUUAUUCGGCUGCUGCCCUGAUAAAAAGACCCCAGCCGAAGGUACGAAUAAAGAAGGUUGUCCCCCUCCACCGCCGAAAUGUCUCAAAUCUAAAUUUGGUUGUUGCCCGGAUAAUGUUACCGAAGCAAAAGACGCUCACGGAAAAGGAUGUAAACGGGAAGAAAAAGAAGAGGAAGGAGUUACAACUACAAUGGUUCCUACUGAAGAACCCGGACCUUGUAACGAGAGCACUUACGGAUGCUGUCCUGAUGGAGUUGAAACAGCCCAAGGAGAAGACUACGAGGGUUGUGAUAUUUUCAGCGAAAACUGCACCGAAUCCUACUUCGGCUGUUGCCCCGAUGGCACUUCCGCCAAAGGACCAAACUACAAGGGUUGCAAAAUGGAAUGUGAAUCAAGUGCUUACGGAUGCUGUGAGGACAGUAUCACUCCUGCUCAUGGUUAUAAUAAGGAAGGGUGUUGUUUAAUAACAUCUUACGGGUGCUGUCCGGACAAUAUUAUACCAGCUCAAGGACCAAAUUUAGAAGGAUGUGGCUGUCAGUAUUCACCGUACGGCUGUUGUCCUGAUAAUUCGACCGCAGCAAGGGGAUACAACAACGAAGGUUGCGGUUGCCAGUACACAGAAUUCGGAUGCUGUCCUGAUAGUUACACUCCUGCAGCAGGUGCAGAGUACCAGGGAUGUCAGUGUCAUACCUUCCAAUUCGGUUGCUGUCCGGAUGGAGUAACUGCAGCUAAAGGGCCCCACAAGCAGGGAUGUGGAUGUCAAAACACCGAAUUCGGAUGUUGCUCAGACGACCAAACGCCAGCAAAGGGACCCAACUACGAAGGAUGUGGCUGCGAUUCUACCAAGUAUGGUUGUUGUUUGGAUGGUGUUACCGAAGCAACUGGCGAAAACUUCGAGGGAUGCGACGAAGUUCUCACAAAACUACAGGACAGCUGCACCCUGAGGAAGGAAAGAGGCUCCUGUAGAAAUUACACGGUCAAAUGGUUCUUCGAUAUGGAAUAUGGUGGAUGUUCACGAUUUUGGUAUGGCGGCUGCGAAGGAAACGAAAACCGUUUCCGUACAAGAGAUGAAUGCCAAGAAAUUUGUGUUGAACCUCAAGGAACGGAUCGUUGUUUGCUGCCUAAAGUAGCAGGUCCUUGUGAAGGAUAUUAUCCCAUGUGGUAUUACGAUACCGAAAGGAAACAAUGCGCCCAAUUUAUUUAUGGCGGUUGCUUAGGAAACAACAAUCGCUUCGAAACACGAGAAGAAUGUUCAGAACUUUGCGUCAGAGACGACUCAGUUGAUGCUUGCGAACAACCGAAAGAAGAGGGACCGUGCAGAGGCCACUACAGACGUUGGUAUUUCAGCAAAGAAAGUCAGACGUGUGAACAGUUCAGAUACGGUGGUUGCAAAGCGAAUAAUAACAAUUUCCCAACGGAAGACGCUUGUAAACAACGGUGUUCAGAACCUGGUAGAAAGAAAGAAUACGCCUUUGAAAAAAAUAACAAAUAUUUCUCAAAUACAGCAAUAUGCCGACUACCAGUGGACGUUGGUCCUUGCGAUGGCGGUUAUAAACAAUAUUACUUUGAUGACGCAAGGGGUGAAUGUGUACCUUUCAUUUACGGUGGUUGUGGUGGAAACUUCAACAACUUUAAAACUUUCCAAGCAUGCGUAGAAUUUUGUAGAGAGUUCAUGGCACCAACUGAACCUCCUACAAAUGUCAAUGUGGGACAACCCCAACCCCAACCCCCCAACGACUGUCAAAGAUUUUCGGACGAAUGCUCGAGUCUGUUGUGCGAGUAUGGAUGGGAAGAGUUCGUGGACGAAGAGACUGCUUGCCGCAGGUGUAGAUGUCAUGACCCCUGCAGGGACGUACAGUGUGAAGAGGGCACCAGGUGUGCCGUGGACCUCAACGUGAACAGAACCGUAGAAGACGACAGAAACUUUAUUCCCACUUGUAGACCAGUGAAUAAGGAAGGAACAUGUCCACAAUUGAGUGGAGAAGGCGCCAGGUGCGAUCAGGAAUGUAGGGACGACGCGGAUUGCUCGGUAGACCUGAAGUGUUGCUCAACAGGGUGUGGAACCUCCUGUCUGGCACCCCACUCCCCAGGCUUCGAAGUUCCUGCUGAAUUGGUCACCACCGGUUACAGCAACUUACCAGCUUACACCCAAUCACCGAUCCAGGCAGGAUAUUAUCCCCCGGUUAUAGAAGAAGAAACCUUCGAACCAGAAGUAACGGCUGGCGAGGGUGAUUAUGCUACUCUUAAAUGCUCGGUUAGGGGAAACCCAAAUCCGGACAUCACUUGGAAGAAAGGAAAUCUUCUCAUUGAUGGAUCACAACCUCGCUUCCGCAUUUUACUGGAUGGGGUACUUCAAAUUAUCACGCUUCACAAAACUGACUCUGGUGUAUACCUCUGCAUCGCAAAGAAUAAUAUGGGGGAGGUACAGCGAGAAAUUAAACUUGACGUCACAGAUGGUGUAGCUCAUCCGACGUCCAUAAUAAACGAUGAGAAGUCGGACGUGGUGGUGGCAUUAGGGUCAAAAGCGGUCCUCAAUUGUUACGCUAUCGGUUACCCUAUUCCCUUCGUGACCUGGUGGAAAGACAAUAACCUGGUUCCUAUGCACACGAACGAAUUCGCUGGCGGUACCGGCGACUUCUCCUUACUCAUACAAUCAGUACAACUCUCAAACCUGGGGGUGUACACGUGCCAAGCCUACAACGGUAUAGGCAAAGCAACCAGCUGGGCGGUAACUGUCCAAGCAUUAGGGCCCGUUUACAGUACUAGACCAGAAGACGAACAAUACAUGAAAUAUGUCAUUCCGGCACCAGAACCAUCGACUACCACCGAAAGACCUCGAUUUCAAAGACCAGUUUAUUAUCCCAGGCCCAUACCUACACCUGAACCAUACAUCCCGCCACCUUAUGAGGAACCCUCUCCUGAUAUAACCGGCAAUGACAUAGCACCCCAACUUCCACCUGUUAUGGAACCUUCUCAAGGAUACACGGUGCCUGUAAGGACUAACGUCACAUCCGAAAAACAACAUUUCCCGUUAGGAAGUGAUGUUACCCUAAAUUGCAACGUGGAAGGUUACCCUGUUCCGCAAGUACAAUGGUACAAAGAUGGUCAGCCCAUUCAGCAAACGGACAAACUUUAUAUUUCCGGUAAGUAAUUCAAAAUUUUUAAAACA